GGUAAUGCAGGUCAUUCCCCUCGGUAAAAGCAAAGUGUAGUGGAUUGCUCUUCCUGGAUCUAACAGUAGGGGCGUGGGAAGCUCUCAGAUGUCACAGGGCUGUAGAUAACAUUUGAACAUAUGAUUAGCUUUUGUGAGCUGUCUUUAGAAACCUUAUAUUUUUUUCCCCCCGCACCUUAGCCAGAGAUCCUUCCCUUGAGGUUUUGGGACACUUAUAAUGUUGCUUUGACAAAAAUCAAGGAUGUGGAGAAGUUUUUCCUGUGUGAUGUCACUUUGCUGCCCUUUAUAAGCCUCUGCAGAAGAGAAGGGAACCUAUCUGAGGAUUCACAGUCCAGACACAGGAGACCAAGGGGAAGCGAGAAGCAGGGAGGGGUAUCGAGCUGCAGGUACGGACCAAUCUCUAGGAACAGGGAGCCAUGCUGCAGACUGGUCCCCACAGCUGCCUGGGCUACACGCUGCUGCUCUGCAGCCUGAAGACUGUGCUUGCCUUUCCCAACUCCUCUCCACUGCUGAGUCCCAGCUGGGGGAAUGGAGACCGCCUGAUGCACCUCUACACAGAUACAGAGAAGAACAGCUUCCAUCUCCAAAUCCAUGCUGAUGGCUACAUUGAUGGUGCUCCUCACCAAACCAUUUACAGUGCCCUAAUGAUCAAGUCGGAGGGUGCUGGCUCAGUGAUCAUCAUAGGUGUGAAGAGCGGACGCUAUCUGUGUAUGGACAUGAAAGGAACUAUUUUUGGUUCACAUUACUUCAGCCAAGAGGACUGCGUGUUCAACCACAGGACACUGGAAAAUGGCUAUGAUGUGUACCAGUCUCCCAAAACCAACUUCCUAAUUAGCUUAGGCAGAGUGAAACAAGCCUUCUUCCCUGGUAUGAAUCCACCACCGUACUCCCAGUUUUUGUCCAGAAGAAAUGAAAUCCCUUUGUUUCGGUUUAACACACUGGAGCCCCACAGAAAUACUCGAAGUGCUGAUAUUGAUCCAACAGACCCUCACCAGAUCCUGGUCCCACAGAGGAAGAUCUCCACGUUCAGAUCUCAGCUGCAGCAGCAAGCAGACUUUGCUCACGUGCCCAGAGAACCCGUGAGAAUCAACCAGAAUGACGUGGUCAACCCAGAUGACCCACAUGCUAUGAUGGAUGCCAGGAGGUACGCAAGUCCUCGCUUCUAUAUUACAAGCUAACUGGGGCCCCACCGCUUGCAAGCUGAAGACAUGGGUGAAUACAACAGACCAAAGGAACUGUCUAGCACAUUCAAUCUGAUUUCUAUCUCUCAAAAUGGUUAUUGGAAAUGUGAAAGAUAUUGGAAAAAUUCUUGAUUUCGAAUUUUUUUCCUUAAUAGGUAACAGUUUACUGAAAAAACAAGUUGGACAUUUUCUAGUUGGGGCAGUUUUACUGCAAAGAAGAUACAUUUUUGAAAAGAAUAAUACAAACCAAGCAUUUUAGGGUCUGAGCCACCAUUAGUAUGAAUCAGUGAAAAAAAAAGAAAUCACUUGAAUGAAAAAAAGAAAUUGAUGCUACGGUACUGAAAGACCUGGAGCAUCCGAGAUUCCAACACAGGAAGGGGAUCUUCUUACUAGCACCAUCCCUGGCAAGCACAGUAGACAAACUGACUGAUGGUGUGUUGUAUUAUUACAUAAAACUUACUAUAUAUGUUUUUACAUGUUAAGAUUAGCACUUCAGUCUCUUUUCAUACCCACACAAGUGAAAAAACAAUCUCCUAUCCCAGAAGCCACACACACAGAGAACUGAAGUAAGUGACAGGAGAAGAGGACAGGAUCAAAUGGUAUUGUGUAGAAAAUGCAGCUUCUGACACUUAUUGAAUCCCAGCUGAAGUCUGGGGGGGGAAAAAAAGAGGACAGCCUCACUGUUCCUCUCAAAUCAUGCUCCAUCACACUUCUAUAUUCACGAAAUUCUAGCAUCACAAUAUGGAAAUAUAACAUAGAGACACUCAUUAAUUUUGCGUAUUUUCAAUGCAGAAAAAAUAACCAGGAUUACUAAUAAUCAACAGUGUGUUAAACAAGAUGGUUUGCUUUGCACACUGCUGAAAUUAGAGGGGAAAAAACUGCAAAAGAUUAUGUCCUAUAGGUGUCAAACUAUCAGUAACUCCUGAAGACUCUAAUUUAAUGAGGGAAAAUCAGGUUUGUAUUCAGAAAAGGAGAAUCUAAGUCUAGCAUCCAUGUUUCUAUUUAGUUCUGAGUAGAUAUCAGAUGCUUUAUACUAGUCAGAGUGAAAUUAUUUUAGUAUUGCUCAUGAGAUCUACAUUGUUGACAAGACCUUUUCUCUAGAUUGGCGUACGUUAUGGGCAAGUUUACUUAUCAGAAUCUAACCUCCAUAUAUACAUCUGCAGUCUAUAAAUUUUUAGUUAAGAUUAUAUAUCUGCAGAGCAGAACUUUUUAUUUCAAUUUAGGUGUCAAAUUGUCAGCUGGUAGAAUUCAGUACAGCUUGAUUGGUUUUAAUGGACCUAAAUUAAUUUCCACAAGGACUCUGAAAAUUGUGAACAAAUUUAGCUGUUUUUCUGCCUUCUUUCUUCUCGUGUUCAUUUGAUCUUCCUGUAAUCUUAAAUCUCUGUGGUUUUUAAAAAAUUAUUUCUGAUGUACUGUGCAGAAAUCAAUAGCUAGGUACUGGUGAGCUGCAGAAGAAUCUGGUGUGGCAGAUAUUUGAGAAGAGCUUUUUAUUUUGAUCUGAGUAAGUUUUCUGCAUGUCAAGAUGCAGAUCCUUCUGUUUUGUUUAUUUAUUUGAUUUAACAGCCUGACAGCAGUCUGAAAAUGUUACAUUUGUCCAAAGUCUGCUCAUAGCAAUAAUGCAAAAGCCAUUAGUUUAGAUUCUGGUCCUAUUAUUUUUGCUGCCUCUUGAAGUAAUUCACCGAAGCCACUGAAGUUACAGCAGUGUAACUAAAUCAAAAUAAGCCCCCCUGUGCUCCUUAUUUCUAUCAAAAUUGUUCUGGAUUUAUAACAGGGUCUGUCCUACUGACAGCAUUUAAUUAUUUAUAUAUAUAUAUAUAUACACACACAUAUAUAUAUAUACAUGAUACCUGUUUAUUUACAACAUCCAGAAAGUGACAUAGAAUAGUCAUAGGGCCUGAUUCUGCUAUUAGAAUAGUUCUUCUACAUGGAGUGAUUCCCAAUUCAUGUAAGUUCUUAGGAGUACAGGACAAGCCAAAUGAUUAUUAAUAGAAGAAGAGUUCUGCCUCAUAAUUUCUCGUUUUUCAUAAUCUAAACUCAUAAUGGUUUGAUCAGUUUCAAAAGGAAACAAGUGAUUCUAUCAGAUUCAGGAGAAUUGUGAGGCAGGCAGCUAGCUGUGUGUUUUCUUGCUUAUUAAAAACACAGCAAGACUUUUUACCUUCCUGUCUAUACGGUGGAGAGGUGUGAUUUUAUUUAUGUGGUCUAGUUCAAUAGUUUUACUUGAUUCCCGUACCAUACUUCUUGGCUUUUGCUCAUUGAGAACUCUGGACUGCAAUUACAUAAGUAAAGUUUUCAUUUUGCAUAAAAUAGAACUAAGUAAGAAGGGUUGCUCACUCCACCAAUAGCCAGGGGAUUUAGUCCCUAAGCCAAGAGUGAAUGCACAAUGAAUUUUGCAUCAAAAAUGUUUAACUAUAGAGAACUGUGUUGACAUAUCAGAGGAAUUAAUUCUUCAAAGGAGAUGCUGGCCAUCACCAGCUAGUAAGAAAGCAUUACUUAUUUAUAGUGCAAUAUUUAUUUAUUUAUUUGAGUGGGUCUUAAGUCCUGCAGAAUAUUUAUAAAUAUUUAUAACAAUGUAUUACAGAGACUGCUUCCUUUUAUAAAUGUACCAAUAAACUUUUCCUUCUCUCUA